UGCUUGCUAAACAUCCGACCUUUUGAACAAAUCUUGAAAAUGUUCAUUCGCUGUUUGAACGUCAACGUCAAGCUGGCGUCGAAUUUUGUUAAAUUUAGCAAAUUGCCGAUAAUAGUUGGUGCCACCCGUGCAGUUUAUUUUUCAAGUCUUGUGAAACCGAAAGUAGUUGUCCGAAGGAUGAAAACCGUGGAGAAAAGUCAGCACGUCCUGCCGAACAGCCAGCCGAUUGUCGAGCUGGAAUGUUCCACCGCCUUCAAAGCGCUGACCGAAAAGGAGAAGCUUUAUGCGCAUUACUUCAGUCAGGCUUCCUGGACGGGAGGGUUGAUUGCGUUGGUGCAAUCGAGUCCGGAAUCGCCGUUAAUUUUUUCGCUACUGCAUCGUAUUUUCCGUGGGGAGCCUACGGAAGAGCUGAAAAAGAAUGUCUUGGAAGCUGGUGUUAGUGAGGAAGAGUUCACGGCAUUCCUGGUGUAUGCCUGCGGAUUUUUGGCCAAUGCUGGCAACUACAAGGGCAUGGGGGACAGCAAGAUUGUCCCCAAUUUGCAGGAGGACAAGUUCGAGUUGAUUAUUAAAAACUCGAAAGCAUUUAAGACAGAUGAGGCUACGAUUAGUGGCCUCUGGGAGAAGACUAAGAAUCCAAUCUUUUUGUUGACGGAACGUACUAAAACCUUGGGUCUGUGUGAUCAGGGAAUCACGACUUACUUCUCCUCAAAUGUAACUAGAGAGGACACAGAGCUGAUUAGCGAGUGGAUGAAGGAAAAUAAGUUCGAGGCCUAUAUUUGCCGGACGUUCAAGACACUGGAAGACGGCAAAACGGUUUACAACAUAAAGCUGGCUUCGGCGGAGGAAGGUGAAAAGGAAGGUUUGACGAAAGACCCCGUUGAAUACAAGGGAAGCGUAUUCAAGAUCACUCGCGGCGAUUACAAGGAACUAAUGGGAAAGGUGGCAGGGUUCCUUGCGGAGGCUAACAAGCAUUCCGCCAACGAGAACCAGAAGCAAAUGAUCGAAAACUACGUUCAAAGUUUCACCCAAGGAAGUUUGGAUGCGCACAAGACCGGGUCCCGCUAUUGGAUCAAGGACAAAGGACCGGUCAUCGAAACGUACAUCGGUUUUAUCGAGACUUACAGGGAUCCGGUGGGCCAGCGAGGAGAGUUCGAAGGGUUUGUCGCCAUGGUCAACAAGGAAAUGUCUGCAAAGUUUGGUACAUUGGUCAGCAAUGCGGAAAACUUCAUUAAGUUGCUCCCUUGGGGUGAGGAAUACGAGAAAGACAAUUACCUGAAGCCGGACUUCACUUCGUUGGACAUCCUGACGUUUGCCGGAUCGGGCGUUCCCUGCGGCAUUAACAUUCCAAAUUAUGACGAAAUCCGACAAGAUGAAGGUUUUAAGAAUGUUUCUCUGGGAAACGUCCUGGCUAACACAAACAAAACGGAUACGAUUCCAUUCCUCUCCGAGGAAGAUCAAGCGCUGCUGAAACGCUACAAAGCUUCUGCAUUCGAAGUGCAGGUUGGCCUUCAUGAACUUCUGGGGCACGGCAGUGGUAAACUUCUGCGUGUCAACGAGAAAGGUGAGUUCAAUUUCGACCGGGAAAAGGUCAAAAAUCCGCUGACUGGAGAGGCUGUUACCAGCUGGUACGAGCCGGGGGAAACGUACGAUUCCAAGUUCAAAUCGCUUGGAUCCAGUUACGAGGAAUGUCGUGCGGAAGCUGUUGGACUGUACCUCAGCUUGAAUCGCGAGAUUUUGAAAAUUUUUGGCCACACCGAUGAGAAAGAAAUUGAAGACAUCAUUUACGUCAACUGGUUGUUGUUGGUUUGGGGAGGUGUUGGAGUGGCAAUGGAGCUGUACAACCCCACGCAGAAGGCUUGGCUGCAAGCUCAUUAUCAGGCGCGGUUCGUUAUAAUGAAAGUCCUUUUGGAAGCAGGUGAAGGCUUGGUCACGGUAGAAGAAACCGAACCAGGCAAGAACCUUCUCUUGAAAUUUGACCGCUCCAAGGUGGAAACAGUUGGCAAAAACGCCAUUAAAGAAUUUCUGCUGAAACUGCAGUAUUACAAAUCCACCGGCGACAUAGUCGGGGCCACCAAGAUGUACAACCACUAUUCGGAGGUUAGCGAAGAGGGUCCAUAUCCGUGGGCCAAGUGGCGUGAUAUCGUCUUGCUGCACAAGAAACCACGGCUAAUCUUCGUCCAGUCCAACACCGAGUUGGACGCGGAAGGCGCAGUACAGUUGAAGACAUACGAGUCGAAUUUCGACGGGUACAUCAAAUCCUGGACAGAUCGCUUCCCGGACGUGCAGAUUGACAACGUGCUUGAACGGAUCUACGAGAAUGAUCUGCAGUACUUCAAGGAUUUGAAUUGAAUACCUUUGUUAUAAAAUUAAUAGCAGGAAUUGCAUAUUUUGAAAUAUAUCGUUUGUAAUACUUACUGCUAUUUACAGAUUCAUAGAA